GAAUAUUCAUGGCGAUGUUUGUCAUUGUCUGUGUCAAAACAACCACACAAACAAAAAUAUUAUUUUGAAUUUCAGUAUUUUUGAAGUAGUAUUUCCGCUCAACAAACAUAAAAUGCACGAUACGUUUGGUUGUUUUGUUGCAGCACCCGAAAAUCGCAGAAGAAAAAAAACGAUAACAAGUGUUUAUAUGGCAAUUCCUAUAUGUCAUUGAAUGCAAAUUUGGUAUUGUAUUGUAUGUACAGGAGAGCGCAGAGUCAUCACGAUGGAACUUAUUCUGAGUCUGAGUGUGCUUCCUUUGAUAUGCAAAUAAGCAAUAGGAAUUUAUUUUGGUAAUGUCACUUGAAAUUGCAACGUCUUCUCCAUUUUUCUCUCGUAUGAAAAUUAUUACCGUACACCGACAAAACUUUCCAUUUUUCUGUGAAACUAUUGCGAUAAGAAUGUGUUUUUCAGUUUCUAUUGAAAUCAUUUUGGUGUUUUUCGCUUCACAACGCUCAGUGUCUAUAAGUCGAACAGAGAGCAAAACCAAGAAAUACGACAAAAAAAAUCAUGAGUAUUCUGGUAUGGUAUAUAAGUGUUCACUAUCAGCAUUGUUCCUGAACAUAAUAAAUAAACAAGAUAAUUUGUCGAAGUACAUAUACCCAAAAAUAAACGAAGACAGAAUGAGAAAAAAUUACAACUUUUUCCAUUUCAUCAUUGUAUCAACAUUAAUGCGACUUCAUGCUGCCAUUCGUUUCCAUUUAUUCUAAAUGGAUCGGCUUAGUUUAAGAAUGAAAAAUGAUAGAUUGUACAUACAUGCUGGCAGGCGUAUAUUGAAUCUAUUUGUACAAUGGGAAUGAAUGCAACAAGCGAUAAGUUUCUAUCUAUUCAGUUUUUUCUUUCGGUGUGCUGUCUCCAAACAUAAUUCUAACGCAAUAAUUUUUUUUUUUCAUUCAUGUGCGAUGUACAUACUUCUGUUGGAAAUAGUUUCUGUUAAUAAUUGUAGUAAAUAGUGUGUAAUCUGACUUAUGUGCCUGCUAUUCAGUUCCAAAUUCUGUUGGCAGUGGCAUCGAUGGUUUAGUGCAGGAUUAUUUGAAUGUCGAGAAAAAUUUAUGGCAUUUGGUGCGUUCAACAAAUGUGCACAGCAACGACGAUUCAUUGGUCCAUAUUUAUGAGGUGCACGAAAGGUUUUUGGGUAAUAAUUUUGGUGAAGCCGGCAUAUUCGAUGCACUAUCGAAACAAGAACGAACAAUUUCGGAUGGAAAUCGAAUCAUGGAACGGCAUAUAUGGCGUAUUGUAGACAGCAUCCAACAUAUCAAUAUCACUGCACUAAAUACACAACGAAUAUUGAGCCAUAACCAAUACGAGUAUCUGCCGAAUAUGAUGAAAGAUAUUGCACAAAAUAUGCCGAAAAUGGUUGCAACGCUUUGCAAAUAUACCGAUAUGGCCUUUUGGAUGUUCAUAAAAAAUAAUUCACAAGUUUGCCACAAGGAUGUUGUGAAUGUGCUGUCGGAGAACCAAGCACUAGCCGAAUUUUACGUUGAAAUCCUUGCCGCACUACUGAAAUGUUAUAUGCUGCUUCAGAUGACUUAUAUGGUCCAAACAGUUAAUGAUCUCGGCAACUUUAAUGACCCGGCUGACCAACUACGUGAAAGUUUCACAUACAAUGUGACCACCAUUCAGAACUACGUGAUAUUUGAGCUAAAAAACGCAAGCCGAGCGGUAUGGGCAUGCGACCCAGAUGAUUUCAAUGAUCCAGAUUCGUACAUCGAAAUAACGAGAUUCUAUCAAGGAAUUGUGGAAAAUGAAAUCAAUUUAAAUCCUGAAGCCAAAUGCCAACAAACCUGUGAGGAAUACACCGAAACAAAGCAUUACCAUUGUGCUGAAGACAGUUUUUGCGACCAUUUAACCGAUCCAUUGUUGAAAUCGAAACUCAUUUGCAAUGGAACCAUACUGAACUGUCGACAUUUGGAUAGUAGCUUCAACAUAUGCCCAGCGGAGGAAAGCUCUGCUAGACGCUACAACUUUCUCGAGUACGAUGAUGGAAGUGCGUUGGGUGGCGAAAGCAAUUGCAAUCGUUUACAUGUCGUUCGGGCGAAUUCGUGGUGGAGUUGGUUUGUUCAUUGCAGCAAUUGUUUUUGCUAUUGUGACGAACCGGGCAUACAGUCCGACAGAUACUUCAGUCUUCGGUCUGUCGUUUCAAAUACAAAUGAGAACAAAGUUAUCUCUGGUGUUGGCUUCACAAAAGUCAAUCGAAUUAUCCAGUUGAAAAUUUCGGAACGAGAAUUGUUGCCAAAUGGAACAUUCAGUCAAAUAGAUGUGACAAAUAUGGCGGAUCAAAGUUUUUGGCGGACAUCCAAGGAAUUUUCAAUUGAUGACUAUGAUGUUGAAGAGGGCGUUGAUUAUCAUACACUGUCAUGGUUUAAUCGAUCCAUUGAUUUGGACACAGUUAUUGAUGAUGCUCGAGUUGUUACGGGCGUGCGUUUUCGCGUUGUCAAUUCUCAUAUACGUCUCGAAGUGCGAGUCACCAAUUUCAACUAUCAAACUGGUAAACUAAUCGAUAUUCAGCGCAGCGAAUGGCUUUAUAACAAGAAUUCAACGGAAAAAAAGCUACUCGAACUACAGUAUCCGGAUCGUUCAACUCGGUCAAAGCAAAAAUCGAUACCGAUUCAUGGAAAAAAUCAUUAUAUCAACUUUCAAUCCACCGACAUGAAUGAUGCUUCACAAAGCACUGUCCCCUUCCUCGAUUCGCAUCUUGUCGAAUCGCAAAAACCGCUGGCUGGCGUGGGAUUAUACUAUAAAACACAAUUCGGAUAUGGUGGUUUUAUCGCUGCGAAGCUCAUUGUGUUUGAUGCAUCUUUAGACAUAACGCCAAUUAAUAACUUUUGAACAGUUUAACGAAUAAAAACAUGAAUUUAUCUGGUUUAAA